AGUUCUACCAGUUAAGAGCUGGAGCAAAGAGGAGCAGAGGUGUAGCAGUUUGCAUAAUGCCAUUAGUGAGCUCCUGAAAUCGGUGGUUUGGACCACAGGACAGAGAUUAUAUCUCAGCGUGGUGGCUUUGUCUGUGACAGCAUGUGCUACAUUAACGAGUGGCCAAAAAGGUUUCUGAAGACAUUUAUUCAACAGUACAGUGAUUAUCAGGUCAAUUUGUUAAUUGACAAUGAGGCGGAGAAGGAUUACCUUUAUGACGUGCUGCGGAUGUACCACCAGUCGAUGAACCUCCCAGUGCUUGUGGGGGACCUGAAACUCGUGAUUAAUGAACCAAGCAGGUUGCCUCUGUUCGAUGCUAUCCGCCCACUCAUCCCAUUAAAACACCAGGUGGAAUAUGAUCAGCUUACACCCAAACGAUCACGAAAGCUGAAAGAGGUGAGAUUGGAUCGUUUGAAUCCUGAAGGGCUUGGAUUAAGUGUAAGAGGUGGAGUAGAAUUCAACUGUGGCCUCUUCAUCUCCCAGUUAGUUAAAGGAGGACAGGCAGACAAUGCUGGACUUCAGGUUGGAGAUGAGAUAGUGCGCAUAAAUGGAUAUUCCAUUUCCUCAUGCACACAUGAAGAAGUCAUAAACCUCAUUCGGACAAAGAAAGUCGUGUCCAUAAAAGUUAGACAUAUUGGCAUGAUACCUGUCAAAAGUUCACCAGAUGAACCCCUUAAAUGGCAAUAUGUGGAUCAGUUUGUGUCAGAGUCUGGGGAAGGAAAGGGCAGUGUUGCUGGACUAGCUUCUUCUGGAGGGAGAGACAAUAAAGAGAAGAAAGUCUUCAUUAGCUUGAUUGGUACAAAAGGCAUGGGAUGCAGUAUUUCCAGUGGUCCAACACAAAAACCGGGCAUUUUUAUCAGCAAUGUUAAGCCAGGCUCUCUUUCAGCAGAGGUGGGCUUAGAGGUUGGUGAUCAGAUUGUUGAGGUGAAUGGAGUGGACUUUUCUAAUGUGGAUCAUAAAGAGGCUGUCAGAGUGCUCAAGAGUAGCCGUACUUUGACUAUCUCUGUGGUAGCAGGUGCUGGAAAGGAGCUGUUCAUGACCGAGGAAGAAAGGCAGAGGGAAGCACGUCUCCGUGAGCAGGAGCGCCAGGAGUUAAUGCAUCAGAAGCGGCUUGCACUGGAGACCAACAAAAUCAUCAAAGAGCAGCAGGAGAAAGAGAGAUUAAGAAAGCUGGAGAUUUCCCAGAAGGCUGCAGAGGAAGAAGAGAGAUAUCGCAGAGAAAUAGAGCAGAUAACAGCAGAGGAGGAGAAAUUUAAAAAGGAAUGGGAAGAAGACUGGGGUCCUAAAGAGCCACCCAAGUCUCUAAAAACUGUAACUGCAGAAGUGCACUCUGCCCCUCGUUCCAAACACAAAAAAGAUUUAGAGGGAGUUGCACAUGACCAACUUGACACAGAUGACAUGGAUGAAGUGAACAUGAAGCAGGACAAACAGGGCUUCCAGAAAUAUGUGGAAGAUUUUGACCCAUAUUCAAUGUUUACCCCAGACCAGAUUAUGGGAAAAGAUGUACGGCUAUUACGAAUAAAAAAGGAAGGAUCACUGGACCUUGCAGUCGAGGGAGGAAUUGAUUCUCCAGUUGGAAAGAUAGUUGUAUCUGCCAUCUACGAGGAUGGUGCUGCAGACAAACAUGGAGGCAUAGUGAAAGGGGAUGAAAUACUGGCUGUAAAUGGCAAGAUACUAAUUGACAGCAAGCUGGCAGAAGCACAGGCAACUCUAGCAAAAGCUUGGAACAUGGGUGGGGAUUGGAUUGACUUAGUCAUUGCAGCGUCACCACCAAAAGAAUAUGAUGAUGAAAUGACAUUUUUUUAAGGAAGAUUACAACUAUUGAAAUGGAAUCUUUCCUCAGCAGAUACCCGCUGCUCAGUAAAUUAAUAGGAAAUCAAUAACCACAUGAAAUGCAUCUUUAUUGACUGACCUGUAAACUGAACUAGAGACAUCAGAUUCUUCAGAUAAUUUGAAUAAUUUAUUAUCAUUCUAUAGACAUACGGCAAAACUUUUUUUGCAAGAUGAUUGAAAAGAACUGCUGACCAGCAUAGUUCCGUCUGUGAGCGCUCAAUCUCUUUUUGCUAUUUUGAGGGGCCAAAUUUUGCAGAUCAUCUUUCAGUUUUCUUGGAAAUAGACUCUAAAAUGACAAAUGAAGAUAGAACACAGAUGUCUGUUCCCACAUGCAGCACUCUUGAAUAAAUAUUCACAGGCCAGUUUGGGUGUGAAAAGAAUUAUAUUUUUGCUUCCUAGAUAGUGAUUUUCCUGGGAAAAUGGGAAAGUGCACAGGUAACUUCUGUUCUCAUAUUCUUGUAACUCUCCUAAAGUCCAUUUUUGUGUCUCAGUUGUGAGGUUUUUUUGAGCGUAAAAACCUUGCUGGUGGAAGAACUGGUAAUACCAGGAAUGCAAGUAUUAUAAGGAAUGAUUUUGAUUGUGUUGCUCAUACAGUAUAGAGAAUCUUCUGUACCAGCAGAGUAAAUAACUAGCAAGUAGCUCAGAUAAAAUCAUUAUGCAUAGUCACAUUCAUACUCCUGAGUAUUUGUAUUGGUGGCAAAAAUUCCUCCCUCAUACAGUCAUGGGUGGAAAAUUUGGGUGUGAUUCACAGUUUGCUGUUUUGUACUUUGUUCUCAGUGAGCCUAUAUAUGUGACUAAACUGUGCAGGAAGCCACCAAGUGUAACUUUCUGCUCUUGGUGACUCUGUACCUUAGGUUUGAGUAAAUCCUCCAGACCAUAAAAUCGAUACCAGCUUGGCUUUAAGUAUUAUUACAAUUGUAGACAUAGUAAUUAUAUUAUAGAGAUACCUCCUUAGAAAUGUCAUUUUCUUCCUUUCAUUUACCUCCCAGUUUGUGUUCUGGUUUUUGUGUUGUGUUUAGAUUUUUCUCACCUGUUCUACUAGGAAGCUGUUCAUUGGCAUAUCACAUUCCCACUGAAGCCUUGCUUUUUCAAGUAUUGGAACUCCUCCUCUUCUCCAGCACAUAAAAAUAACAAUUACAUCCCUGAGAACUCUGUACUUAUAUGCAGAUGCUUACUUAUGUUGACUUUCUUUAUUUGCAGUAUUCUUGCAGUAUGCCAAUAAAUGUGUGUGACAGGGUAUAUAUGUUAGAAUAUUUAAAAUGUUGAACUCUUACAACUAAUCCAGAAAUAAAAUUGCAUUUGCCAAAUGGAAGAA